GCGUAACCCGGAACUCUGGCGUCCCUAGGCUCCGGCGCGACUUAGCUGGAUGGAGAGACGGCCGCUUUGAGACCGCGGGACGCGAGCGAUGGGUGAAGGUCUAAUCUCAGAGCUGAAGCUCGCUGUGCCCUGGGGCCACAUUGCUGCCAAAGCCUGGGGCUCCCAUCAGAGCCCCCCAGUUCUCUGCCUCCACGGGUGGCUGGACAAUGCCAACUCCUUUGACAGAAUCAUCCCUCUUCUCCCAAAAGACUUUUAUUACGUUGCCAUGGAUUUCGGGGGUCAUGGGCUGUCAUCCCAUUAUAGCCCAGGUUUCCCGUAUGACCACCAAAACUUUGUGUGUGAGGUCCGCAGGGUCGCAGCAGCCCUGAAAUGGAACCGUUUUUCCCUCCUGGGCCACAGUUUUGGUGGCACUGUGGGUGGAAUGUUUUCCUGUAUCUUCCCCGAGAUGGUGGAUAAACUUGUCUUGCUGGAAUCCUCGCCAUUUAUCCUGGAAACUAACGAACUGGAGAACAUGCUGACCUACAAGCGGAGAGCCAUAGAGCACAUGCUGCAGGUGGAGGCCUCCAAGAAGCCCUCGCAAGUGGUCAGCCCAGAGGAGAUGCUGCAGGGGUUCCUGAAGAACAACAGUCAUGUGGGAGACGAGUGUGCGAAACUCCUCCUGCAGAGAGGAACCACACAGGUGGCCACAGGCGGCGCUGAGGCCAUGUCUCCAUGCUUCCUUCCAGGUCUGUUGCUGAACAGAGAUCGGAGGAUCACUAGGCCAGAGUAUUACUUCAAUUUCAUCAGCAGGGAGCUGUUUGUGCAUUCCAUCAGGAAGCUGCAGGCCCGCGUCCUGCUCAUCAAAGCAACCCAAGGGUAUUAUGAUGUGAGGAGAGAGAAUGAUGCCAACAUGGAGCUCAUGCUAUUCGUGACCAACUCACUGAGAUCCGUCCUGAAAGAGAGGUUCCAGUACGUGCAAGUCCCCGGCAACCACUACGUCCACAUGAACCAACCCCAGCACAUGGCUGGUGUCAUCAGCUCCUUUUUACUGAGCAAGGAGAGGAUCCGAGCCCAGCUGUAGCCCUGGGCCUGGGGCUACAGACGUCUGCUCAGCCCCGGACUCCCAGCUCCCAAGCCCAGGCCAGGCGUGGUGGGGACAGGGCCCCCUGGUCGUGAGGACCAGCAUGGCCGGAAAGAGAAUCCUGUGGCAGAGCUGGGGGUGGGGGGGGCGGUGUGCAGAGGGGAUACAAGAUUCUGACUCUAACAUCUGUGACUUCAAGGGGGAUACGGUGUCUGGGUGUGGGAGUUACCUGUUUUGUGACUGGGUAGCAGGCAGAGGGAGGGGCUGGGAUAGGCCCCCCGGCCUUUUGUAGCCUUCUCUUGCCACCCAGCUGGAUGAAAAAUAAAAUGUUCUUGUAUUUUC